AUGGCACCAUUUGAGGAGACCGUGGGCGUCGCCCACGCCCGCACUGGCCUCCUUGGCAACCCUUCGGAUCAGUACGAGGGGAAAGUGAUUGCAGUGUCUGUCGCCAACUUCCACGCAGAGGUUCGAAUGGUACCUUCAGAGCAGCUGGAGUUCCAUCCCCAUGCACUGCACGACACCAACUGCUACUGCUCCAUGUCCGAAAUGGUUGAAGCAGUGCAAUCUAAAGGGUAUUAUGGAGGAGUGAGGUUACUGAAGGCAAUUUGCAAGAGGUUUUAUGAGUACUGCAGGGAUCAUGACAUACAACUCAAAGAGGUCAAUUUCAGAAUGAGCUACUCCACGAAUGUGCCCAGGCAGCUGGGGCUUGCAGGGUCAUCUGCCAUCGUAUCAGCAGCCCUGUCUUGCCUCCUGUCCUUCUAUGGUAUAGAAGACAUGAUGCCUUUGAGAGACCGGCCAGGGCUAAUUCUUUCUGCAGAAGGAGAGCUUGGUAUAACAGCAGGGCUGAUGGAUCGAGUCGUUCAGGUGUAUGGGGGCUGUGUGUUCAUGGAUUUCAAUGGCGAUUAUGUGAAACAGCAUGGGCGCGGACGGUACAAAAGUCUACCAGUGGACAAACUUCCGCGCCUCUGGCUUGUGCUUUCACGCACCCCAAGUGAAUCGGGCAAGGUGCACAGCGGGGCGAAGCAGAGGUGGCUAGACGGUGAUCAAGAAAUCAGACGCGUGAUGGCAGAGGCUGCUGGAACAGCAGAAAUGGGCAGGAAUGCCCUGCUGGAUGGCGACCACAAGGCCCUUGGGGUUGCAAUGAACAGGAACUUCGAUCUGCGUCGGUAA